UGGAGGGCAGGAGCAGACCCAGAAGAUGGUGUUAGGAGGACUACCAGUUUGCUGUUUUGUUUUGUUUUGUUUGCUGUUUUGUCUUUGGCCUAUGCAGUACCGCAGUUUUAACCUUGUCCUCUGUGCUGUUCAAUGUCUGCAUUAAACUGCUGAGUGAAGUUACACAGAGACUGGGCAUAGUCUUCUACGUGGAUCUCCUGGUGGUCUGGCUCGUUUUCUUCUGCCAUAAUAAGGAUAGACAACUAAAUGGUUUCCUGCUCGUUCCUUGUUCUGCAGACCCAUGCUCCUUUCCUCUGUCUCCCUCCUUGCCAAAACAUCUCAGGUCCAUCUCCCUUUUGUAACAUCAUGCUAGAAACCACUAUGGUACUGUUGUUCAAACAACAGCCCUCGACGUACAAUGAUAAGCAUGAUGUUUUUUUCAUGGAGAUCUGGAUUAUCCCUGCCGAGGAAGUGCUAGGUUUUCGGUUUCCCUUCUCAUUUUCCUCUUCAAAAUAUUCGCCUCCUUCAUUUCUUGCUUUCCCUCUCUGACUCUCUCACCUUUCUUCCUUGGUUGUUCUCUAGCCCUCCUGACAACCUGCAGUGUCUCCCCAGGAGUUUCCUGCCCUUGCGCUGUGUAGAUCGAGCCCUAACUGUGAGCUGUUCUUAAUUUUGUCAUUUGAAGUAUAUCUCAGGAGAGGAAAGGAAAUAGCAGUUUAGAUUUGGAGGUUUUUUGUUCGUUUUUUUAAAGCAAGGGGAAUAGUGGUUUGGGGACAAAUCCUGUCGCCUCUGGAGCCAGGGUGGCGAGUUUAUGCUGGCACAGAAAGAGGAGACAGGAGGCCAAGCAACCCACAAUUGGCAGAGAGAAGAGGAUGUUUUCUCGGAAGCGUAGCUUUACCUUUGGAGUCUGUGAAGGGUAUGUACCUAUACAGGUCCUGGCUCACCCUGUUGCAUGUCCUUCCUGCUGCAUCUUCCAGGAAAAGAAGGGAGCAGCUGGAUUUAUUUUGCCUUUACGAAAGUUCGGGGGAACUUCCAGAAGAAUGAGGGGAUCCCUCAAGCCUUUUGGGAAGGGGAAUGAGCUGGAUUGAUCUCGCCUUCCAGCCUGCAAUGCCUAAAUCUUCAGGUCUUCCUUUUCUCUCUUUCUCCCCUUCCUCUUGGUUUUCGAAAAGGUGUCUUGUUGUACGCAGUGUAUUUCCAAAGACAGGGAAACAGCUGAGCCUGCAUUUCUCACAAGACGUUUGCUUUCAGAAAAGGGGAGUUCUACAGACCCACAGCUGAAAAUCGCAUCCGGAGAAUAGUCCUAUCGGUACCAUGGUAUUUUGUGGAACGUGAAUGCUAAAUAUGGCUGAAAUUUCAUAGGACCUGUUGCCAGAAAUAUUUCUUUGAGGGGGGCCUAUUGGUAAACUGGGAGAAAGGAGCAUUAAUGUAGAGCAGCCAGAAUCUAGAAACAAGAGAGCUCAAAGUUUUUUGAUGUGGAUGUAGUAAAAUUAAAUGGUUAUAAAGUCUAAAUAUAUAAGUACUUCAUGUUAGACAGUAAUCCCUGUGUUGGUUUGCUCUUGUAGCAGCCAAAAUAUUGGGAACUGAGAGCAGUUUUAUUCCUUACUGAGCAACUAUGAGUGCAUACACAAAUUACGUUUGAAGCACAUUUUCCUCCUCAAAGAGCUCUGAGCUCUGUAGUUUGUUCAAGGUGCCGGGAAUUGUAACUCUGUGAGGGGUGAAUUACAGUGCCCAUAUUUCGUAGAGGGGGGAAACGAGCUUCAAAUAUGCUUUAAAGGUGCAGUAUAGAUAAAUUUUGCCUACACAUUUCAUCCAUAUAUUAGCAAAAGAAAAAGAAUCACAUUUCUUUCCCCACCUUCAUGAAAUGUGAAUAUUCUGGGGAGGGCCUGGAAUAUCCCUGAAUUCCCACACGCCUCUUGUGGUUACAAACCUGGAUUUUGGUUUAUAAUAAGGACAUCUGGAGUUUGCCAGUCACGGGACUGUGUUGUGGCUAAGGUUCACAAUUCAAAUAUCACUUUAACCACAAACUCAGAAAGGGGAAUCUAUGACCUUCCAGAUGUUAUCAGAGCACAACUCCAAUAAUACCUGUCCAUUUGCCAUUCUGGCUUUUUCUGAUGGGUUGCAAGAGUCCCAUAACAUCUUGAGAGCCACAAGUCCUAUCCACACACUACCAACUUAAUAGCAUUUUUAAACCACAUGGCUUAUCCUCAAAGAGUCCUGGGAAUUGUCCUUUAGCAAGAUGCUGGGAAUUAUCUGUCACUGAUCCUAAUUGCCCUCCUGAACUAUAAUUCCCAGGAUUCCAUAGGAAGAAUAAUGAUUAGCAUGGCUAUAUGCUAUUGCUCAGCCUUGCAGCUAUAUAAGUAGGUGAUAACUUUAAAUAAUGUGUGUGAUGCACUUUGAACGCUGAAAAAGUGUCAUAAAAUGUUUAUUAUAUAUUCUUAUAUAAGGCUGUCAAUUAGAUAUACCGACCAGUAAAACCACAUUCUGGCAGUUAUCACAAAUACUUAAAGACUUAGAAGCCAUUAUACUUUAGAGGUAGUAGUACAAUAAUAUUUUUUAUUUAUUUUCCAUUUUGCUAUUGGCUCUUCCCAUCCUUUACUCUGAUCAUUUUGUGCAUCAAGGCUCCACCUCCUAGCCCACCAGGGCUCCAGUACGUUUCAAAUCCAAGCAAGCAACUUUAAGAAGAACAAGCAAUAGAUUUAGAGCUUGCCUCUGGGAUAUGUACCUGGGUGACUUUUAGUUGUCCAGCUGUUUUGGUUUGAUUUUCCAGAUGUUUUAAAUCCACAUUGCAAAGCAAGCAAUGAGCAACUUAAUUUGCGUAAGACCCUAAUUAUAAACCCAUGUAAAUGAAUUGUGAUUAUGUGUGCAUUUUUUCCUCUGCUUAUUUGUUUGGGAGGAGUGUUCAGGUUCUUUCAGGAAAUCCUCUAAAUGAGUUUACUGGAAGCAGUAAUUACCCCUUGCUGUGCUGCCUCCAUAUUACCGUCUUUCAGUGUUACCAUCAUCAGUGAGAAACAGAUGUUGAAGGCAAAGCUGCUUUCUACCUCUGCAUUGUGCUUCUAUUAAUGCAGAUAGAUUCUCAGAAUAUCUCAGCUGCAGUUUGGUCACUUAAGAUCAAACAGAAUGCAUGUCACGCCGAGUCUCAGAGUCACCCAGCCCCUAAAAUGGUAAUGGUCCCAAAAGUGGGAAGUUGUGCAUCCUGGCAUUCUAUGUGCAGACGAGUCACACUCAGAUACAGGUCUUAUAAAACUCGAUGAGUUCUCUCAUUGUUUUGGUAAAUGGCCUCCAAGAGUAUUCCCCAGCUACUGCUAAUGUUUAUUGCACCAAGGAGUUUGUAACUCGCUAUUUACUGUCACGUGACUUCUGGGAUCAGGGUAUCAUUUAUUUUACAUGGCAUUCCUUAUGCUUAUUGUUAAAAUUUGGAAAGACUCUGAUAUUGUAUGGCUAAUCAAGUAAGAUAAUUUAUGUCGUAAAAACUCUUGGGGUCCUGCAAACACAUCUCACUCAUCCAUAUACAGUGGUACCUUGGUUCUCAAACGCCUUGGUACUCAAACAACUUGGAACACUGCAAAUCCAGAAGUGUUUCGUGAACCUUUUUCGGAAGCCUAAUGUGCUCCAUUUUGAGUGCUACGCUGAGGUCUGUCUGUUUUUGAUAUUUAUUUUGCGUUUUUGUUUUUGCGGCUUAUUUGUGACUCUGUGGAACCCACUGAUUGAUUGUGUGACAUUGUUUAUUGCUUUCAUUUUAUGGAUCAAUGGUCUCGUUAGAUAGUAAAAUUCAUGUUAAGUUGCUGUUUUAGGGGUUGUUUUUAACAGUCUGGAACCGAUUAAUCCAUUUUGCAUUGCUUUCUAUGGGAAAGCGCGCCUUGGUUUUGGAACGCUUUGGUUUUGGAACGGACUUCCGGAACGGAUUACGUUUGAGAAUCAAGGUACCACUGUAGAUGCAUGUAGACACACACACACACACACACACACACACACACACACAGAGUGAACCGUUGGGCUAACAGCAGGUCACCAAAAGAAUUAUAUGAUAUGGAAGUCUGUUGAUUUAAUUGUCUUUUGGGAAUUGUUCCAAGCCUGUUUUUCUUUUACAGAACUCGCAUCUUCCAUUUGUAAAACCUACUGGUGUGAUUUCUAGGAUUUUUCUCUUUUUUUAGCAAAGCAGAACACAAAACAUGUAGUUCAGGUUCAUGCUAAUACUCAACUGUAACCAGACAUGAGAAAGAAGGGCUCAAGAAUUUGCUGAGCCAAGUCAAAGUGGUGGAAGACUGGAAGGGAUGUUUGUGUGGAGUCAUAUUUGGAUAUAGCAAGGAAACUGCAGUGGAACCACCGAAGGGGUAGAGAGAAUAGUACCGUAUGUGGCAGCUUGGUUGCCAGUACUAGAAUGGAAGGUGGGAUGCUGCAGUAGGCUGGAGGGAAUUUUACAAAUAAAAGCAUGGAAGUAGGAUCACUUAGGACUCACUGUGAACAGGUAUCCUGUUCACAGGUAUCCAAAGAAGUGUGCAUGCACACGAAAGCUCAUACCUAUGACAAACUUAGUUGGUCUCUAAGGUGCUACUGGAAGGAUUUUUUAUUUUUAUGUGAACACUGUGCUAGAGAAUUUCUAGGUUAGCAUUUUUUAAAAAAACAAAAACAAAACUUGAUUCACUGGGCAGAUAAGUGUGGUACUGUUUUCUGUCUGGAGUUUCUGGCAUAUGCUUACCGGUAUGUGGAAAAUACUACAAACAUAUGCCUUUGUUAACUGGCCUGAUCAGGGGCAGGGUGUGUGUGUGUGUGUGUCAUAUUUCUCAGUUAUCAUUGAGAUUUUUGGGUUUGAUCUUGAACCCAUUGUCAGCUGUGAUAUUUUCUUGGAAGUAUAAUAUGAUGAUCAUUCUCCACCGAUUUUGAAAGUGAGGUCCAAGGGUCUUAUGAAGUGCAAGCAUAACAAUUCUUUGGCUUGUAAGUAAAGGUGGGUGUCAACAUCUGGGAGGGAUGGUAUGACUAAACGGAAUAGAGGACCUGCCUGCUACAUUGGGGAUUUUAUAGUGCUCCGAUUAGAGUUGUCUCCUUUUCAUGCAGGAGGACUGAUGAGGCAGAGCGCUGCAUCAGUGACACCUUAGAUUCACCUGUCCAGGAUCCUCAGGCUGCCCUUAAUCCAGCUGUUCAAAAUAAGGCAGUGGAUUUGUUUGAAAUGAUUGAAAAAAUGCAGAAAAGUCGUUUGGAUGAGCAAAGGUGUUCACUUCCAGCUCCACUCAAGAGAGAAGAGGAGUAUAUCCCAUACCCAAGCAUCCAUGAGGUGUUACGGAGAGGGUGGCCCUACCCUCUCAUUAUCUUGCCCCAGUUUGGGGGCUAUUGGAUCGAAGGGACCUCUCACAACCUUCCCAUCUCAGGCCCAGAAUUGCAUGACCUGCCAUCCCCUUGCAGUGGCAAAGUGAAGCUGGAGUGUGACCCAACAGCUAAGUUGUACCGCAAGCACUUCCUGGGAAAGGAACAUCACAAUUUUUAUGCCAGUGACACAACUUUGGGGUAUUUGGUCCUUUCUGUGAAGUAUGAACAAGUUGAAAAGCAAGACAACCUCCGCUUGCUUCUGAGGUCUCGAACUAGUACCAAGCACGACUUGAUUCCUAUUUCUUGCCUGAAUGAGUUCCCCAAUGCUGUCCAAAUGGCAAAGCUGCUGUGUGAGGAUGUGAAUGUUGACCGCUUCUUUCCAGUGCUCUAUCCCAAGGCUUCGCAACUCAUUGUUGCAUUUGAUGAACAUGUCAUCAGCAAUAACUUCAAGUUCGGAGUUAUCUACCAAAAACUUGGGCAGACCACAGAGGAAGAAGUCUUCAGUAAUACUGAAGAGAGUCUGGGCUUCUUAGAGUUUUUGAAUAUCCUUGGAGACAGGAUCCAGUUGCAGGAUUUCCGUGGCUUCCGAGGUGGCUUGGAUGUUACUCGAGGUCAAACAGGAUCUGAGUCUGUCUACACACAUUUCCGGGGCAAAGAGAUCAUGUUCCAUGUCUCUACAAUGUUGCCCUUCACAGAGGGAGAUGCCCAACAGCUUCAGCGGAAGCGCCACAUUGGGAACGAUAUCGUGGCCAUUGUCUUCCAGGACGAAAAUACUCCCUUUGUCCCCGACAUGAUUGCGUCAAACUUCCUGCAUUCCUAUGUGGUUGUGCAGCUCCACCACAGCGCCCUGGGGGAGACUCUCUACAAGGUUUCUGUUGCAGCCCGUGAUGACGUCCCUUUCUUUGGGCCUUCUCUGCCAAAUCCAGCAAUAUUCAAAAAGGGCACAGAGUUCCGUGAAUUUCUUCUGGCAAAGCUUAUAAAUGCAGAACACAGCUGCUACCAUGCUGAGAAAUUUGCUAAGCUGGAGGAUCGUACCCGCAGUGCCCUCCUGGAGAGCCUGUAUGAGGAGUUGCAGAUUCGUAGCCGCAGUAUGAUGGGCUUGGCCUCUGGCGAUGAGGACAAAAUGGAGAAUGGGGGUGGUGGCUUCUUUGAGAAUUUCAAGCGGGUGAUCCGGGGCCGUAGCCAGAGCCUGGAUACCAUGGGGAUAGCCAUGAAGAAGCAGCACCAACAGCAGCAGCAGCAGCAGCCAUCAACUCCACCCAAUCGCCCAGCUACUGCUGGCCUUGCCCUCAACCAGAGUGUCGCCGAGGGCCCCAAGGCUAUUGCUGCGUCCUUUGCCCUACCUGGGAGAAGCCCGUCACGCAACCGAGGUAGCCGCUUCAAUGGGCGACGCAGUAGUGCAAUUGGCAUUGAGAACAUCCAAGAGGAGAAAAGCAAGGACAUCGCUGAAAGGAUACAGAAAGUAUUGGAGAGCCCAGGGCCCUUCUUUGACCUCAAGUCAGACGGUUCCUCCAGUCCCAGCUCCCCAGAAUUGCCCAACAGGAAGAACAACAGAGCCCUCUCUGGUCAGACAUCAGGGUAUUGCGUGAUGCAGCCCUUGUCCCGUUCCUCGUCCAACGUGAGCAGCUGUUGCAGCGGAGUGAGAGAAAACGAGACGUCGGAGGAGGAGGAGAACGAGGCGGAGUUUAUGUGUUCCCUUGAAGGUCCCCAAAAGCAGGAGUCCCUGACUCAGAGCGCGUGGUUAGACGAUAGUGUCUGCACACCUAGCAGUACCAGCUCACCAGUAACUCAGCUGCUCCCUCCAAGCAGUGCUGCAGGCUCCAUGGAGAAGGGGAAAAGCAGCAAAGUGGAUGCUCAUCGUUACAGUCCAGCCUCCAUUUUGUGCUGUGUGUGAUGUCAUCGCUGGAGGGGUGUCUCAGUGCAUGCUGGGUAAUUCUCAGGUAAUCCGCACCCUAGGGAGCCGCGGUGCCCUAGGGUAAGGGGAUAAGGGCAUGUGGGCAAAAGGUGAUGGAAAGGAAGAGGGCUCUCUUUGUCACCCUCCGCAUUCCCCAAUGGGAAAACAGGAGGCUGACAUUGUGGCCCUUCCCAGACACCAAUCUGAACUUCUUUCCCAAGACAACUGCUCUGUGCCCCCAUCACAAACACACCUCCGCUGCAUCUAGCAGGUUCUGCAAGUUUCUUGGCUAAUUCCCCAAGAUUCUUGUUUCCCACAAUGCCCUUUCCCCCCCAGCCCCAUCCAUCUCUGUGUUACUGCAGCUUUUUUCAAUUUUUUUUUUGCGCUCAAUCAUCUCUGCUCACUGGCUAGCUUUGUGUUUCUGUCAAUCUGUUUCCUGCCUCUGUCAUCAAUGGGGAGGUGCAUCCUUCGUUAGGUUGUCUUCAAGAAAGGGGGAGGGACUCCCAAGGACUGUGGAAGCUUUUCAAGGUAAUCAGACGCCUUUUCCAGGGGGCGAGUUACUUGCCCCCUGAUCAGUACCUGAUCGGACGCAAUGAUUAUAUUCUGCCUAGGUUUGUUUCUGUGCAAACAGAACUCAUUGGAUGUGCUGUGCCAGCUUCAUAUGGCAGGGGUGCUUAUGAAAAUCAACAUGCAGCCCAUAAGUGAUAACUUCACCAUAGAACAGGUUACUUGUGCCCCACAGCUUUGGUGGCCACAGGAGGUGCCAUAAGAAGCAAAAAAAAUCAGAAUUGCACUGGUGUGAUUCAUAUACCAAUUUGUAGCUUUGUUCAGAUCCAGUAAAGGUAACACAACUAACUUGGCUGAAUCUGUCACCCACGCUUGUCGGAGCACGCUUGCAAAUUGUCCCAGUGGGACUUGGAAAUACGUUGCGUUGAAAUGCUUUUCGCCUAAUCAGCCUGGCGGAUCUGAAUAUUGCCCUCUCAGCUGCAUCCAUAUUAUAUUACGAGAUUGCUUUUCAUGGCUUAAGGGAAAUAAAAAAACUUCUGUAAAGCUUUCCGUGAGAUUUUGCUCAUCCCUGGUUGUGUAUCUCCAUAUAUGAACCUGGAUUCUUUAUGGAGAUUGCUGGUAAAAGACAGGCCACCUGGUUCCCCAGUUGCUAUGCUGCCUGGUAUAUUAUCUUCCCGCCUCUAGUCUUGGGUCUGUACUUGCCCUUCGUUAGCAUUCACAGAUGGAACUGCUUUGAUUUGUUAAGCUUUACCAAAGGCUGAAGUGUAGGAAAAAACAAAGUUGCUUCGGGGUCCCGUGAUCACAUCUGUCCCAUGAAUCUACUCAGCUGCUAUCAACUUUCCUGUCUGUGCUUGCAGGAUUUGAUGCCAAAGUGAGACCUCAACAGCAGCUCACCCAGAUGUCCGGAGGAGAUGGAUGCUGGAUUCCCCAGGAACGCCUGACCUGACCUUUCUGCUUCAUUCAGUGACAGCUGCACCACAGGCAGUAAGGAAACCAACCACAAAAGUCCAAAUCGUGGCAUUCACUCACCCACAUGUGUCAUUCUAGUUCAGCAACCUCAGGAGAUCAAAGAGUCAAGACGGGGGGAUGGACAGGGGUAUCCUGCCAUAGUUUCAGAAACAAACGAGAGGAGAGUUUUCUCUCUGUCUGUCCUCAUAACUGCUAAAAUUUAAAAACCCAAGAUGUGCCCCAAAGGGCCUUCUUAGGAAGGCUGUGUUUGUAUCCAUUCUUCUGAGCACAGGCUUUGUAAAACUAAGGAAUGAAAGCCCUUAUCACUCCAAGGACGGCACCUGGUAUGUAAGAGCUCCUCAACUGCUUUAUGCAGCAUAGGUAUCUUGUGCCAAAGUGCACACGUGUCUGAUAGUGGGAGGGGUUUGUGUUCAUCUCAUCCUUCAUGGGAUUCAACAGGUCUUUGUUUGGUAUCUCACUGUACAACAGUCCCGCCAACCACUUCAUUCUCCCUUAAGUCUCUGUGCCAUCAAGAACCUAUAAAUGUGAAUUUGUGACCCUUGCUCCAUGCUUGUUGUGUCUGUGGUGUCUGGGCUUGCAAUAAAAGACUACUGUGACCAAUAUACUCUGAUCUUCGCUGUGGUUUCCGAAGUGUUCCUGCCAAUAACUAUUUGGGCUUAAAAUAAGGGGUCUGGCCUGCACCACAUUAUCUUCUCGUGCCUUAUUUUAGCUAAGAUGAACAGGUUAAAAAAAACCAGUGUGACCUUGAGACAGUUCCACCCCACUGAAAGUGUGAAGGAUGAGAUCAGUUUAAAUUCUUUGGUCUUGGGAUGAAGUGCUACACACACUUAUGUCUGUUCUUCAGCACAAGGGGAGUUGAUGCACAGAAACACUGAUCUCAGCAUCCAGAUACAGGUUUUGGAUACAGGAGGAGUUC